AUGGCCGCCGCGUUAAAUCUGCCCAAAUGGCUCAAAGAUAACUCGCACCUGCUCAAGCCGCCCAUCAACAACUACUGUGUCUAUGCGCCCUCGUCCUCUACUGGGGGCCUGACAGUCAUGGUUGUCGGUGGCCCAAAUGCUCGAACAGACUACCACAUCAACACCACGCCCGAGUUCUUUUAUCAGCAUAAGGGCUCCAUGCUGCUGAAGACCAUGGACACCUCAACCACACCACACACGCCUGUCGACAUACCCAUUCACGAGAACUCAAUGUUCCUCCUUCCUCCCAACACUCCGCACAACCCUGUCCGAUUUGCAGACACCGUGGGCGUUGUACUGGAACAGCCGCGGCCGGAGGACUCGGUUGACACGCUAAGGUGGUAUUGCAAGAGUUGCCAUAACAUUGUUCAUGAGGCAAGCUUUCACCUCACGGACCUGGGCACGCAGAUCAAGGAAGGCGUGUUGGCGUUUGAGAACGACAUGGACGCCCGGACGUGUAAGAAUUGUGGCACGGUCGCAACGUCGAAACCAGCACCAGGUGAGAUUCAACAGCCUCCGAGAUUCCCAGACGAAUGA